AUGUCUAACGAUACGACAAGGCGGCAAGCUAUAUCCACUGGAAAAUAUGCAAGCAUCACCAACUCCCAGCAGCAGAAAAGUGGACAAGGAAGUAGAGAAGCUAAAUAUAAAGAGCUGGAAAUUGGGGUGUCUAGAAUGUGGGGUAUGAAGACGACCACAGUACCUGUUGUAGUUGGAGCACUGGGCCUUAUCAAGAAAGGACUGGAUAGGCAGGUCCAGCAAAUAACAGGAAGCCCAACUGUCCGAGAGCUGCAGAAAAUAGUCUUGUUUGCCGCUGUGACGCAGUUAAACGUGCUACCUUCGGAUUCACGGUGCCUUCAGGGUGUCAUUGCGCAGAAUUCCAGUGUGAAAUACAGGGAAUUAAUUCCUAGUCAAAACAAAAAUGUUCCACAGGAAUGGCGGGAAAAGAUGCGCAGACGCACUCAGCACGUUAGGAACACGUGCAAGAAGUAUUAUUUGCAACGAGACUUCAAUGACAACAUGAUUGGCCAGUUUUAUGUGGAAGAUCGAAGCCGAAUUGUCUUUUGCUCCAUACCCAAAGUCGGUUGCAGUAAUUGGAAGAGGCUAAUCCUAGUACUGUCUGCUAAUGUAAAUAAAACUGAUCUAAGAAGCUUGGAUCAGUUUGAGCUCCACCAUGGCAGCAUACAAUAUCGACUGCAGCUCCUUUCCUCAUUCACAAAAUUCGGGGUUCGUUUUCGUUUAAAACAUUACUUGAAGUUCAUGUUUGUGCGCCACCCCUUGGAGAGGAUAUUGUCCGCUUAUCGAGACAAACUGGAGACUGGUGAUAACGUAUAUUACAUGAGAUCUGUUGGCAAGCAGAUCGUGAAAAAUUUCAAGGCGAACGCUUCCAAAGCGGAAUUGGAAACAGGGUCCAAUGUUACUUUUACAGAAUUUUUGAAAUUCAUUCUUUCUGAGCAUAGGAAAAACAUUCAGCUCGAUGUUCAUUGGAGACCGUAUAUGGAGCUGGCUUACCCUUGUGCAAUAGCGUAUGACAUCGUCGGAAAAUACGAAACCAUUGAAGAGGACGCCAAUAACAUUCUGCGUCUCAUAUCGGCAGAUCACGUGGUCAGGUAUCCGCCCUCCGAGCAGACGUCAAAAACUAGCGACCUAGCUAAGCGAUACUACGAGAAAAUUGAUAAAAAGCUGUUGCAAGACGUGUGGGCCAUAUACGCAAGAGAUGCUGAGUUGUUCGAUUAUAAGCUGGAUAAAUUUUUGUAA